AUGGUGUACAUAGCUGCUGUUUAUGGAAAAUGGGAUAGGAGAGACAAAGGGACCUGGUUCUUUGAGGUGGAUGACGACAAGGGAGGAAGACUUUUCUCACUGAGAGAUGGUUGUACAUAUGUCGAGCUCGUUGACAUGGCGAAAGAUGAUUAUGGGGUUGAUAAGAAUGCUGAGCUUUUACAGAUAGGAUACCCACUUCCAGACAUUAUGCUCCAGCAGCUGCCCAUUGAUUCUCCUCCUACGUUUGUAACGACUGAUAGGCAAGUUCAAAGUCUGAUUGAGCUUAGUAGAACGUACGUACUACGCCUCUGUGUUUCGAGCCAGCAAAGGAAUCAUAUGAAAGACGAUGUACCUGUUGCUGAUAAUGUAGAACAUGAUAGUGAGUGGGGUUUGUCUUCCGAUGAUGAGGACUGGGAUGUACAUUCACACGAAGAUAAUGAGGCGGAAGAGGAAUGGGAAGAUGAUCCAAUUCCACCAAAUCCACCAACAGAUUGGAGUAAGGGGGAUAUUGAUGAAACAGAAGCUGAUUACAGUGUGUAUGGGAGAGUCGUAGACGAAGAUGUGCGUGAGAAAAAGGUUCCUCUCGACGAUAUCCGGCUUAAAGGGCGUUGCUAUAAUGAAGGAGGUCGUUUUGAUAAGCAUAAGGACGCCGUCAUUAUCGUUGGACAGCGUUUUGGAGACAAAGAAGAACUUCUUUGCAUGUUGCGAUUGAUGGCUCUGGUUCACAGAUUCUCUUUCCAUGUCUUCAAGUCUACUCCAGAACUAUUUGUUGCCAUUUGCAACGUCCAAGGUUGUGCCUGGCGAGUCAGGGCGGCUGUGAAGAACGAACCAACCGCGUUUUGGGUCACAAAGUACGUAGACACUCAUACUUGUUCCGUUGUAGACCGUAUAGCUCACCGUAGGAGCUGUACAGCAAAAUAUAUCGGAGCUUUAUUCAUGGAGAGGGUUGGCAUUAUUGAGGGAAUAGUGCCUCAACACAUUGCUAUAUCUAUGAAAGUGAUGUUUGGUUUGAAACUCAGUUAUACCUCGUCAUAUAGGGCUUUGAAAGCUGCUCAAGAAUACGUUCGAGGGACAGCGGAAGAGGGAUAUGCGAACUUGGCUUCAUAUUUGCAAAGAAUCAAAGAAGCAAACCCAGGAACUAUUACUGACCUUGUGCGAGAUGGGAUGGAUCGAUUCAUGUACUGUUUCGUAUCGUUUAGAGCUUCAAUAGUAGGUUUUCAGUACGUAAGGCGAGUGAUUGUUGUUGAUGGUACACAUCUGACUGGGAAGUAUGGUGGAGUUCUUCUUGUCGCAGCUGGUCAGGAUGGCAACUUCCAAGUCUUCCCCUUGGCUGUUGCUGUUGUAGAUGCAGAGAAUAAUGAGUCUUGGGGGUGGUUUUUCAACAAGUUGAAAAGUUGCUUCACUGAGGAUUUCCCACUGGUCAUAGUCUCUGAUAGACACCCAGCUAUCGCCAAUGCAAUUGAAAGUGUCCUGCCAUGGGCAACAAGAGGUAUAUGCUACUAUCAUAUGCAAAAUAACAUAAUUGGAACUUACCACGCGAAAGAAAUCAUGUAUAUGGUCAAAGGUGCUGCAUAUGCGCACACGGUGGACACUUACAACUGGUAUAUGGAUCAAAUACGAGCUGCAAAACCGGCGCUUGCAACGUACUUGGAGGGAGCCGAUCCGAGCUUGUGGUCACGAGUUCACUGCCCAGGAGAAAGAUACAACCUAAAGACUAGCAAUAUCGCGGAGUCGAUUAACGCCAUGGUGAAGAAAGCCAAAGAUUUUCCAAUACCUUUUCUCUUAGAGUUUAUCAGAGAGAGGUUGAGCCACUGGUUCCUCAAGAGGCGUGAAAAUGCUCUAGGUCUCACCACCGAUCAUAGCAAAGGAGUUGAAUACUUGUUGUCUAUUCGUGAGUACUAUGCAGGUUUUAUGGACGUGGAGCGCAUAGAUGAUUGGCAUUUCCAAGUUAAGUCUACAUCAGGAUACUAUAACGUCGAUCUUGAGCUCCGAACGUGCUCUUGUGGUGUGUUUGAUAUUGAAAAGAUACCAUGUUCGCACGUCAUUGCUGCAAUUACAAUGGCUGGAUUGUCAGUCUCCGAUUAUGUGAGUCCGGCUUACAAGAGGAACACCUGUCACUCAACGUACGCGCAUCCACUUUUUCCUCCUCCUUCCAGAUUCUCCUCCGUGAAGAAGGAACGUUGCCGUCCUCCUAAAGAAAAACCCACUCCUGGUAGGAAAAAGAAAUCUAGGUGGCAAAGCUGGUUAGAAAUGGCAAGAAAGAGGAAGCAUAAACCGAGGAAGAUGCCAAAAGCGUACACAUGCUCUAAGUGUAGAUUACCAGGUCAUACUCGUCCAAAAUGCGUAAGUGAAACCACUUCUCUAUUCAUCCUGGUCAUAUGCAAGCCUCAGCCUAAGGCUUGGUAUGUUCUUAUGGCACAAGGUCUGAGGAAACUCAAUACCAAGGGCGUGACACUCGAUAAACUUUAG